AUGGACGGGUUGAGGGAUCCAGGAAUUCGGAAGGUUGGAUCUCAAUCAUCUAUUGAUACUGAUGUCUUCGAUAUCACGCGGCUGCUCGAUAGGCCGAGGGCGGUUAACAUUGACCGGCAUAGAUCAUUAGAUGAGCGGGCGAUGAGCGAACAUUCUGUCAUGGGGAAUGCGAAAGCUGUUGACAGCAGUGAGAGCAUGAAUUCAACUAUGGAAACGGGGCCAAGGCUGGGAUUCGAAACGCCGAUUUCAUCGACUCCGAGGUCCCCGAAUCCCAAUGUCGUCGAUGCCUGGGAUGCUCUCCGACGCUCUUUGGUGUAUUUUCGCGGGCAGCCUGUUGGAACUGUAGCUGCCAUCGAUUACCAAUCUGAAGAGGUCCUAAAUUAUGAUCAGGUGUUUGUACGUGACUUUGUUCCCAGUGCAAUGGCUUUCCUAAUGAAUAAGGAGCCUGAUAUAGUCAAGAAUUUUCUAUUGAAGACUCUACGACUUCAGAGCUGGGAGAAGAGGAUAGACCGCUUUAAGCUUGGAGAAGGGGCUAUGCCAGCGAGCUUCAAGGUACUUCAUGACUCUAAUCGCAAAACUGAUACAGUGGUUGCAGAUUUUGGUGAAAGCGCUAUCGGAAGGGUGGCACCUGUUGACUCUGGCUUCUGGUGGAUUAUACUUCUCCGAGCUUAUACAAAGUCAACUGGAGAUACCUCUUUGGCAGAAUCGACUGAUUGUCAAAAGGGAAUGAGGCUUAUAUUAUCUUUAUGCUUGUCAGAGGGUUUUGACACUUUCCCAACAUUGCUAUGUGCUGAUGGUUGCUCCAUGAUCGAUCGGAGAAUGGGUAUUUACGGUUAUCCAAUUGAAAUCCAAGCCCUUUUCUUUAUGGCACUGCGAUGCGCCUUUGCACUGCUUAAACAAGAUGCAGAAGGAAAGGAGUUUAUUGAGAAAAUUGUGACACGCGUUCAUGCUUUAAGUUACCACAUACGAACUUACUUUUGGCUUGACUUCCAGCAACUCAACAGCAUAUAUCGUUACAAAACAGAAGAAUACUCUAACACAGCAGUAAACAAAUUUAAUGUCAUUCCUGAUUCCAUACCGGAUUGGUUAUUUGAUUUUAUGCCUAUUCGUGGUGGCUACUUCAUAGGAAAUGUAAGUCCUGCAAGAAUGGACUUCAGGUGGUUUGCCCUAGGCAAUUUUUUCACCGUCUUAUCUAGCCUGGCCACCCCUGAACAAUCUACUGCCGUUAUGGAUCUUAUUGAGGAACGUUGGGAGGAGCUGGUUGGUGAAAUGCCCUUGAAAGUAGCUUAUCCUGCUAUUGAGGCUCGUGAGUGGCAAAUUGUCACAGGUUGUGAUCCCAAAAACACCAGAUGGAGUUAUCACAAUGGAGGAUCCUGGCCGGUUCUGCUUUGGAUGUUGACAGCAGCGUGUAUAAAGACAGGACGACCACAAAUAGCAAGGAAAGCGAUUGAACUUGCUGAGAGACGUCUGGCCAAGGAUGGCUGGCCUGAAUACUAUGAUGGAAAAUUGGGACGGUACGUUGGAAAGCAGGCCAAGAAGUUCCAGACUUGGUCUAUAGCAGGCUAUUUGGUCGCCAAGUUGAUGAUGGAGGAUCCUUCCCAUGCGGGGAUGAUCUGCCUUGAAGAGGAUAAGGCGAUGAAGCCUGCUCUAAAGCGAUCAAGCUCCUGGAGUUGCUGA